GUCGCGACCGUCGCGCGUGGAGGUUGCGUCGCGGAGUCGCGUCUAUUUUUACCGUGGUAACCGCGUCGUCCCGCCACGUGCCCGUAUUCCGUGCGUCCGUUCCUGACUCUCUUCGGCGAUCGCCGAUUUGCGCGUCCGAAUCUCGCCGGCUCCGAGUUCCACGUCGGGACGAGAGGACGCUCGCCGUCGUUGUUAGAGGUCGAGUGUUCACCUUCGGGAAGCAGCGUUGCCGAUGAAAGUCCGCGAUCGCUGGCUGGAUCUUCUCUGCGUAUAAUCACAACCAUGGUAUGACACUUGAUUGAGGUAGCCAGUCCAUAAACGACCACCAACCGCUGCCGCCGCCAUGAGCAAGCUAUUUCAAUUUCUGGCCCUCCUCCUGUUGAGUGUCAAUGCCAGACGGACCGACGGAGACAGACCUGCGGAUGACGCGUACGCCGGCCAGCAGCAGCAGCAGCAGCAGCAGCAGCGUCGCGGUUCCCUCCAUAAGUCGAAUUACAACAGCAAUAAUAAUUACAAUCAUCAGCCGAACUCGCCCUAUCUGCCGCAUCAGCAGCCCAGGGAACGUAAGCCCAACAUCGUGCUGAUUCUGACGGAUGAUCAAGACGUCGAACUGGGUUCGCUGAACUUCAUGCCACGGACUCUGAAGCGAAUAAGGAACGAGGGCGCCGAGCUGAGACACGCGUACGUGACCACUCCCAUGUGCUGUCCAAGCAGGAGCUCUUUGCUCACCGGUCGUUACGUUCACAAUCACGAGGUCUUCACGAACAACGACAACUGCAGCAGUCCCCAGUGGCAACGAGAUCACGAACCGCACUCCUUCGCCGCUUACUUGAGCAACGCGGGAUAUCGGACAGGAUACUUCGGCAAGUAUUUGAACAAGUACAACGGCUCGUACAUACCGCCGGGAUGGCGGGAAUGGGGCGGCCUUAUAAUGAACUCCCGCUACUACAACUACAGCGUCAACAUGAACGGCAAGAAGAUAAAGCACGGCUUCGACUACAGCCGGGACUAUUAUCCGGAUUUGAUAGCCAACGACAGUGUGGCUUUCCUCAGGCAGAGCAAACACAAUUUCGCCCGGAAGCCGGUAAUGUUAGUCGCGAGCUUUCCGGCGCCGCACGGACCGGAGGACUCGGCGCCGCAGUUCUCGCAUCUCUUCUUCAACGUCACCACUCAUCACACGCCAGCGUAUGAUUACGCACCGAAUCCCGAUAAACAAUGGAUACUUCAAGUUACGCAGAAGAUGCAACCCAUUCACAAACAGUUCACAGAUCUCUUAAUGACAAAACGAUUGCAAACCUUGCAGAGCGUCGACGCUGCCGUAGAUAGGAUUUAUCAAGAAUUGAAGGAUCUGGGUGAACUGGAUAACACGUAUAUUAUUUAUACGUCAGAUCACGGAUAUCACUUAGGGCAGUUCGGACUUAUAAAAGGCAAGAGUUUUCCAUUCGAGUUCGAUGUACGAGUGCCAUUCCUUAUUAGAGGUCCUGGUAUCGAACCUGGAUCCAUAGUAGACGACAUAGUUUUGAACAUCGAUCUGGCGCCGACGUUUCUGGAUAUCGCCGGCGUCGAGACGCCGCCACAGAUGGAUGGUCGUUCCUUCAAGAAACUCUUUCUCAACAAGCACGGCAGAAGGUCGAAGUUCAAGUGGCCCGACACAUUCCUGAUCGAGUCCUCCGGCCGCCGUGAGACUCCGGAAUCCAUCGCUGAAUCGAAGGCGCGGGAAGCCAGGAGGCAAAAUGCCACCCAGGCCAAGCGGCCGUCGAGCUCGACGCCGGAAGAGGAGGACGACGAUGUCGCCGAUUCAGACGCGGACGUCGAAACAGAGCAUCGAUUUAUAGAGAAUGACACCGGAAGCGAUCAGGAUAUCUCCGACGACGAGGAUUUUGAAGACUCGAUGAUCGACGAGACGAGCUCAGAUCCACAUCUCGACAAUAGGGUGCAUUCGAUGCACGCGCCCUUCGCGACGAAGCACGAGCGUCUCGCGGCGGAAUGCUCGCGACCGGAAGCGCAGACCGAUUGUCUCCCAGGACAGAAGUGGCGAUGCGAGAGGGACGGGCACCGCUGGCGACGGCACAAGUGCAGAUACGCGGUGCCUCCGCCGCCACAAAGGGUGUCCAAGAAGUGCGCUUGUUUCACCCCCGAAGGCGUGGUCUACACGAGGCUCGACCCCAAUGAUUACGACGGGCAGAGAUUCGGUUUCAUGAGGGACCGCCGGCCUGUGGAUCCUUACGACGAUACGGCGGGAUACUUCGCCAAACGAGGUAAGCGAGAAGUAUCGAACGAUAUCAUAUCAGCCGAUGAAAAUAGUGAGAAAUCUGACAUUGACUUGGAUGAGAGAGACAGGCGCGCGAUUGACGAGGAAGAUGACGAUAAUAUGAUGGAGGAGAUAGAUAUGCUGGCGCAGGAGACGAACGAAAAACGUGAAAAAGUUCUUGAAAGACACAGCAAUAACACAAGAAUUGAGAACACUGAUGAAAUUGACGAACUAGACAAAUAUAUUGUCAACUAUUUGGAUUACGGCUAUUCGAUAAACGAUUUCGAUCCCACUUUAGAUAAGAUUAUUAACGGCCGAUUAAAUCUGAAUGACGUAAUAAAAAGACAUCGGAGGGUACGGAGAAGUGUCACGAAGAAGGAUACUAUAGAGCACGUCACGAAGAUUAUGGAAAGCAUAGAGGAAGAACUAGAUGACUUAAAGCAAACUCAAGUUCAUCACUUAUCGUCCGAGAUAGGAAAGCCGCCAAAAUGUUUGGUUUUACCGGAAGGAGGUGUAAAUUGUACCCAAGCUAUAUAUCAGGAUCCUAACGAGUGGCGAAUAUCCAGACGGGAGAUCGAGCAGCAAAUCCGAAAGAUGCGAAUACAAUUGGAAACGUUGAAAGAGAUUCGCCGGCACUUAAUGAUCAAACGACCACAGUUUUCCGAUAACGAGGGGAAACUUGCUGACGCAGAAGAAACUCGCGGUUCGCACAAAACUCACCAUCAUCCCCCGAAGGGGCACGCAAGCCGCCAUCAUAAAAAGCACGAUAAAAUUGCUCAUACCACUGCAGAUCUUAUCACGAGCACGCCUACGGAGUCUGUUACGAAGAUUAAUACUGUUCCGGGCGAUGAAAAAACGUCGACGACGGAGGAGAAGCUCGAAAAAUACAGUACAAGUUCUGUCGAAACUUCUACAACGGAGACCGUCGUCGAAACAUCAGCGGCGACAAUUCUAACGACGGUCAAACCGAAGAAAUCGCCUCGUCGUCAGAAGAUUAAGGAGACACCUACGAACAGAACGGAAAUCGAAGAGGACAAGCCGCAAAGGCGCAGGAAAACGCAUCACCAUCGUAGAAACAAUACGCUACUUACGAACAGCGUGCACGACGACGUCCCGCGCGUGAAUACAACGUACGUCACCAGCGACGCGACAUUGUCUACGCAAAAUCCUACGACUCGCGACAGACAGAAUUACAGUCACAAAUUUACGACCGUUCCCGCUACCACAGAAGCAAGCACUGGGAGACGAGGAACCCAGUAUUCAGAGGUAACCAGGAGUAAUAACGACUUAAGCGAGGAUCGUACUACGGAAUCGAUCGCAGUCACUGAAUCCGGAACGACUGUAACAAUGACCUCGGCACACAUGACGGAAGUGUCAAGGACCAAUCCGGCUAUCGAUAAAACUUUCGAUCGACCUCAAAAUACGUCAUCCAACACGUCACCAACGACUACACCGUCAGCGAAGAGACAUCCCAAGGUACAAAAGAACAGGACCUCGGGCACUCUUGGACCAGCAAGGAUCGACGUUACUAUUCUUGAAUCUCCCGAUAGAAAACAUAAACAAGGUAUGACCGCAACCAGUAAUAACGGUCGUUUGCCGGCGAUGCAAAACGAUCCGUUAGAAGCGCGACACAAAUGCUAUUGCGAGCCAGAUGUGAAGAAAGAUGAGAAGGAGCUCGCUAGGGAAGAGAGGCGAAGAUUGAAGGAGGAGCGUUUGAAGAAGAAGGAGCGAAAGCUCAGAAAGAAGGCCAAGCUGGAGAAGGAAUGCCUGACGGAAAAAAUGAACUGUUUCGAGCACGAUAACGAUCACUGGCGUACCGCACCUCUGUGGAAUGCGGGACCAUUUUGCUUUUGCAUGAACGCUAAUAAUAACACGUAUUCGUGCAUACGUACAAUUAACAAGACGCACGAUUUCCUUUACUGCGAAUUUACCACAGGAUUAGUGACGUAUUACAAUUUAAGAAUUGAUCCAUUUGAACAAUGGAACAGAGUGUCGGAUUUGAAACCUCCAGAAAGAUCUUACCUACACGAUCAAUUGGAGCAUCUGAAGGGAUGUAAAGGUACAUGGGAUUGUACAGUCGGUAGCGCUAGGGAGGCUAUGCCGCAACUGCAGCAACAUCAACGAUAUAUUUCGAAAAGAAGAUACAAUGAUGCAUUCGCAGAUGAUAGGUUUGUACCUUCGACGUUACAAAUUAUACGCGAAAGCGAACUUGGCAGUCCACCUAACAAAAGACGAAAGAAGUUACAAAAUUGGAGUAGACGUAGUAGAAGCUGGCAAAGUAGCUGGCGACAUCAUCAAGAUUCGGUAAAUCCCCGAAUCUCCCGUCAUAAUUAUAGACAUCAAUACUGAUCUAUUUUUUUUACGCUUCAACGAUUGCGUGACAAAUUGCCUUAGGUAUACAUUGAUUUCGCAAUGCAUUUAGCAACCUAAUUUAUUUAGUAAUAAAUAACGAAGAGACCGAGCUUAUAUUAGCUGAUAUUUAAAUUAACUCGAUCUUGGUCAUUCACAUUGUGCAUGUUUUCAAUACAUUUUAUGGCAACUGUCGGAUUUAACUGUAGAAAUGUCAUGUGCACUGUGUGGAGCAUAUUUACAAAUAUAUAUAAAGUAUGUAAUUUUUAUAUAAUUUAUAAAUAAGUUUUAUAUAAUUUGGGACUAUGAAUAAUUAAAGACGUAGUUAGGUAAAGUUUUAUUUCGUAAAUGUUUUUUUUUUAUAUGAUAAUUUAUUCGUUCUUAAAGAAAAUACUUAGUGAGAAAAAUAAUUAUAUUGUGCAAACAACUUGUCUGAUUAUAACUUAAGAUUUUCAAUAUAUGCGUCAUGACUAAUCGUGACAUUUAUUUAAAAAUUAAUAAAUUAAAUUUGACAAUAUUAUUACUUUCCUCACUGUUAACAUGUCGAUAUCAGCCGAUGUCAAUAUACAUUUCUGAAAAUUUUCUUAUAAAAAGUAUUAGAGUAUCAUUACUGAAAUCAGCUGUGUAAUAGAAGACUGAACGCACAACGAAAAGAAUAACUUUAUCUUCCCUUGCCAAUUGCAAUAUUUCUGCAAUGUAUUAUUUGUGUAACAAUCAGAAAUGUUUAUCAAACGCUGCCAUUUUUUUUAACUCUCCUAUUGCCUUUAUAUGACAAAAUGUACACAUAUCCUUAUGUAAUGCACUGCCAAAACAUUUAUAAGCAUAUUGGUAUAUCUCGAUAUUGAUUCUAAAGCA